GGCAAAUUGAAUGGAACUUUGUGCCGUGUUGAGUUGCUGAUUAAUCUACUUUCCGAGUUAGAUUCUAUUGAAAACGGAAAGGAGGAGAAUGCAGUUAACAGGCGAGGUUGAAAUGCUUGAAGAACCUGAUGCUCUUAAUCUGGAGAGACAGUUACGUGAGAUAUUACAUGAACUCCAGCUUAAACGUGGUCAAGUAGAAGAAGGUCGUGAAGCAUUGCACCAAGCAGUAUUAAUUCAGCAUAAGUUAGAGAGGGCACUGGAUUCAGAGAAGCGUAAUAAUGAGGAGAUGCAGGCACAACUUGAAAUAGCUAUGGCUGCUGCACACAGGUGGGAAGAAGAACGCAGCAGCCUCCAGCAAGCAGCAUCUCGUCACCGCCUACAGCUGGAGACUACAUUGCAAGAAAGAGAUGCAUUGCGUGACCAGGCCAGGGCAGUACAGUUAGAGAAUGUGAAGCUCCAACAUACUAUAGAUGAACAAGAUCGACAACUGAAGUGUCAGCUGGCAUAUCAAGAAAAUUGUGUUACUCGUCAGAAUAAGCUAACUGACUCAGUACGAGAAUUAAGAAGUCAAAUGCAGAAAUUAGAAGAAGACUACCACAGACUUCAAAGUUCUGUUGAGGCUACAAAGAAACUUAGCUCACAAGUACAGCUUUCUGCAGAACACAUUACCUUCUUGCAUGAAAAGGAGAGGAGCAAGACUGCAUCCCUCGAAAAAAAGAUUGUAGCCCUUGAAGCCGAUAUCCAGAUGCUCCAAAGUGAGAAGAACAUAAAUAAUGGUCUGCCAUAUACUGAUUUCCAAAAAACUGAAAUUGAACAGGUAUCAGCCCACGAGCUGCAGUCGCAACUAUCAGCUGAGCGUGAUGGAAAUGCACAAUUGCAAGCUGCCUUAGAAGAUGCACUCAGAGCACAAGUUCAUUUCCAACAGCUGGAGGAAAAUGUGUCUCAGCAACUAAGCUGUGUUUCAUCAGAAUUAAGCAUGAAGGAAAAAUAUAUAUCACAACUUGAAUCUGAUAAAUCUUGUCUCUGUAAUGAAGUGGCAGCUAUAAAGAAAGAACUCAAACUAAUGGAAGAAGCUCUAAUGGACAAGGAUGCAUCUAAUAAGAAAACAGAUGCCAAGAACUCAGAAACUCAGACAGAUAUAGUCAUAGAAAAAAGUGAGAAAGGUGUUAUGUUUCAAGGGACAGACGAAUCUUACAGUAAUAAAAUGGCUUUGACAAUUCCUGAAGAGCAGUCAGUACAAACAGAUGGUCAACAUCCUGGUGAGACAAAUGAGAAAAACUUUACAGGGAACACUGCAUAAAACACAAACAUUGAGCUGUUAAACACAUAUUGCAUACACUAUAAAACUAGAAAAAAAUCUUCUCAGUAUCUAUGAGACUGAUGGACAGUGUGUGUGAAGCCAAAAUUACAUCAGUGUCAUAAACUGAUCAGAAGAUGCUAUAACUAUAAUCUCUGGAGGUUGGAACUAUUUUACUUCAUUAUGUGUACCCAGAGAGAAUGGAUGGAAACUCCAGGUUGGAGCUGCAGAGAUAACUGAUUAUAAACAUAAUGUACAGUGUUAGUGCUUAGACCCAUUUUUUCUUAAUGUUAUUUAUAGGAUAAAAAAUUUUGGUAAAUGGAUGUAACUGUACUUAUUUUAUAUAAGUAUAUAGAGAACUCAGCUUGGAAGAUUUUAUUUCCUUAUCGGUGUAAAACAUAAUAAUAUUAACAAAUUAUUUAGUAAAUAUAUUCUACUCAACUUGCUGGUUUUCAGUGAUCACAAAAUUCAGUAAGAUUCUUUCAUCAAACCUACUAUCAAUUACAUUGUGCAGACAACAGGAAGCAACUUCACAAAUAAGUACUGACAAACUUAAUUUCUAAUUAUCACAGACAUAACAAAAUAUUACUCUCUCCAGUCAUUGUUGACAAAAAGGAGGAAUAAAAAAAUGAUGAAAGAAAAGAAGCAAAAAAAGGUGUACAGUAAGCUUCCCUAGAUCAAAACACCAAACUGUGCAGUUCUUAUUAUAAACGGAAAUAUAAUUUUAGUCAAGCUGUCUAAUGCUAUUUACCAAUAGCUUGAAUCAAAUAGCAUAAAAAAUACUGACUCUGCACAUCAAAUUAUUUAGAAUACCUUACAAUCAUGUAAGUGGAGAGCAUCCAGUGGUUCACAGAUGAGUGAGAUUUGGUCAUUUUUUCAUACAGGAUGUCAGGCUCAUUGAGGAAGAGGGAAGACAUGGAGUGGCAGUAGUUGUGAGAGGAGGGUUGAAAGAGCAGAUGAAGGGAAUAGGUGACAGGAUGAUGAAUGUCAGAUUGAAAGUGAAAGCCAAGGAUAUGGAAAUUUGCAAGUAGAUCAUCCACCACAAGUUGUAUGUUCUGCUAAUGAGUAGAACUUUGAAGAGGAAAUGCUGAGACAACUGUUGUUGUUGUGGUCUUCAGUCCUGAGACUGGUUUGAUGCAGCUCUCCAUGCUACUCUACCCUGUGCAAGCUUCUUCAUCUCCCAG